CGGAUGUGAGUGUACACAGAAUAUACACUGAGUAUAAUUUUGUACAUAGUUUGAUUUUUUUUUUUUUUAUAUACAGUGUGUACAAAAACUAUGUACGCUCACAUCCAGAUAGUUCUUUAUCGUCUGGACUUCGCACGGAAUAAUUUCUGUAAACAAAGUCUAAGAGCCUCUAUAUUAUUUUUGAUAGAUCUAACUUUCAUAUUGAUUUAGAAUGGUGUCAGGGGCUUAAUGCUGGAUAUGUAUGACUUCCGCAAUGACAUCUGGCUCUGCCACUCCUUUGGCGGCAACUGUUACAACUUCACUGCAUUUCAACCAGCCCUUGACGUGCUCAAAGAAAUCCAAUCAUUCCUGGAAGCAAAUCCUUCAGAAGUCAUAACCAUAUUCAUUGAAGACUAUGUCAAAACUCCCAACGGCCUCACUAAGGUCUUCACUUCUGCUGGCCUCAUGAAGUAUUGGUUUCCUGUAUCUCGUAUGCCGAAGAACGGCGGCAACUGGCCUUUACUCAGUGAAAUGAUCAACAAGAAUCAGCGUUUGAUCGUUUUUACAUCAAAAUCAGCAAAAGAAGCUUCAGAAGGCAUUGCGUAUGAGUGGAGAUAUGUAGUAGAAAAUCAAUAUGGAGAUGGCGGAAUGAAAGCUGGUUCUUGCCCGAAUCGAGCUGAAUCAUCCCCCAUGAACGCCACAUCAAGAUCGCUUGUUCUGAUGAACUAUUUCCCUGACAUUCCUAAUCUUGCAAAUGCUUGCAAGGAGAAUUCAGCUCCUCUUAUCGACAUGCUGAACACUUGCCACAAUAUGUCUGAAAACCGAUGGCCUAACUUCAUAGCUGUGGAUUUCUAUAAGAGAAGUGAUUUAGGGGGAGCUUCUCAAGCUACAGAUGACGCCAAUGGACGUCUUAUUUGUGGAUGCAGUGAUAUUUCUUAUUGCAAGAUUAAUGGCUCAUUUGGCUCAUGUGAUGUGACGCCUAAGCCUGUAGAUAUUGAUACUCAAGGAAGUGCAGAGAAGAGGAAAGCUGUUUCUGCAGUAGGUCGGAUGUCACAUCCAGAAAACCUGCUAUGGAUGGCUGGAUUAAUUGUGGUCUUCCUUUUUGGGAGCUUGUAGGUAUAAUAUCUUUGCUGGUGGGAACUUGUGAUUGUAGGGCUAAUCAAGCCUUUUGCUUUUAAUGUGUUAUAUUAGGUCCUUUUUUUGUAUUAUUAUUAUUUUAGAUAUGUUUUAAUCUAUACAGCAUUA